GUUUGGCUGCAAGGUUUUCAGUUUUAAGAAGCGUAGUGUUAUUCUCAGUCAUGUCUGGUCGCGGGAAGCAAGGGGGCAAAGCUCGCGCCAAGGCCAAGUCGCGCUCGUCCCGCGCUGGCCUCCAGUUCCCGGUGGGCCGAGUGCACCGGCUCCUGCGCAAAGGCAACUACGCCGAGCGGGUGGGGGCUGGCGCGCCCGUCUACAUGGCGGCCGUGCUGGAAUACCUGACCGCCGAGAUCCUGGAGCUGGCGGGUAACGCCGCCCGAGACAACAAGAAGACGCGCAUCAUCCCUCGUCAUCUCCAGCUGGCCAUCCGCAACGAUGAGGAGCUUAACAAGCUUCUGGGCAAAGUCACCAUCGCCCAGGGUGGCGUUUUGCCUAACAUCCAGGCCGUUCUGUUACCAAAGAAAACCGAAAGCCACAAGGCCAAAAGUAAAUAAGUGUUGACAAACUGAACCAAAGACCAAAGGCUCUUUUUAGAGCCACCCAACCUUUCAAGCAGCAAAAAAAAAGAGCUAAGGUGCUAUUUU